CCGGGCCCGGGCGCGGAAGAGGCCGCGCCCCGACCGUCGCCGGAGCCCGACGACGCGGCUGCCGCGCUGCGCCUGGCGCUGGAUCAACUGUCGGCACUGGGACUCGGGCGCUCGGGGGUCCCGGGUACAGACGGCGCGGACGGCGGGGAGCCCGACCCUGCGCCCCCCGAUGGGCCCGAGGCGCCACCGCGCGUGGAGCCAGACGGGAGCCCCGCCGUGCCGCCGCCGCCCGCGCCCGACGUGUUCGCCGGCUUUGCGCCGCACCCCGCUGCCCUGGGUGCCCCGGCGCUAAUGGCCGAGCCGCUGAGCGUGAUCGGCAGCCGCAAGAAAAGCGUGAACAUGACUGAGUGUGUGCCGGUGCCCAGCUCCGAGCAUGUCGCCGAGAUCGUAGGGCGCCAGGGCUGCAAGAUCAAGGCCCUGCGUGCCAAGACCAACACAUACAUCAAGACGCCGGUGCGUGGGGAGGAGCCGGUGUUCAUCGUGACCGGCCGCAAGGAGGAUGUGGAGAUGGCCAAGCGCGAGAUCUUGUCUGCCGCUGAGCACUUCUCCCUGAUCCGAGCCUCUCGAGGCAAGGCCGGUGGGCUGCCGGGUGCUGCCCCAGGUCCCCCCAACCUGCCCGGACAGACCACCAUCCAGGUGCGCGUGCCCUACCGCGUGGUGGGGCUGGUGGUGGGGCCCAAGGGCGCCACCAUCAAGCGCAUCCAGCAGCGGACACACACGUACAUCGUGACGCCCGGGCGGGACAAGGAGCCGGUAUUUGCGGUGACCGGGAUGCCGGAGAACGUGGACCGUGCGCGCGAGGAGAUAGAGGCGCACAUCACGCUGCGCACUGGUGCCUUCGCGGACUCAGGUCCCGAGAGCGACUUCCACGCCAACGGCACCGACGUGUGCCUGGACUUGCUGGGCGCUGCCGCGGGACUCUGGGCAAAGGCCCCGCACCCCGGCCGGCGGCCCCCCCCAGCCACAGCCACCGGUGGUCUCCGCGGGGACAACACCCUGGGUGCACCUGACGCCUUCUACACUGGCGGCCGAGCGGGGCCACCAGGACCAGACCCAGGACCCGCCAGCCCCUACAGCAGCUCCGGCAAUGGAGGUUUCACUUUCGGCGGGGACAGCGCAGGAACCCCCGCUCCUGAAGACUGCGACUUCGGCUUUGACUUCCUGGCCCUGGACCUCACUGUGCCUACGGCAGCCACUAUCUGGGCACCGUUUGAGCGCGCUGCGCCCCCCUUGCCCACCUUCAGCAGCUGCACCGCCAUCAAUGGGACCCCAGGGCCACCCCCAGCGGGAGCGCGGCGGGGCAGCGGGACGGCUACCCCGCGCCACUCACCUACACUGCCCGAGCCCGGCACUGGCAGUGGCCUGGGCCUGGACCUCCCUCUGUCCCGCAGGGGCGCCCCAGACCCGGUGGGCGCGCUCCCCUGGCGGCCCCCCCACGGCACCCUGCCGCCCUUUUCCAGCGGCACCAGCUUCUCCGCGCCCACAGCGCUGGACUCCAGCGCCUCGGAUGGCAACCGCAAGCCCACCUCCUCCGCAGCCGCCUCUGCGCCCUCCUCCGCACCCGCGGCUCCCUGCCCGCCCACCGCUGCCCUAGCUCGCGAGUGCGUGGUGUGCGCUGAAGGCGAGGCCAUGGCUGCGCUGGUCCCCUGCGGCCACAACCUCUUCUGCAUGGACUGCGCCGUCCGCAUCUGUGGCCGCAGCCAGCCCGAGUGUCCCGCCUGCCGCACACCGGCCACCCAGGCCAUUCGUGUGGGGACAGCCAGCCAGUGGCCGGGCUGCGACACCUCAGUUCCUGACAAAUGACAGUAUUGAGUGGACAGGUUCAAAUAAACCGAGAGAAGAGGUCUCCUUGCA